GAGGCCCCGGCGCGGGGGGAGUAUUAAAAAUGAGCGUUGUGUGUAGCAGGCGCCUGGAAGAGGCGGCAGCCUUCUGGACAGCAAGAUGAGUGAAUGGGAAAGGGUUUUUGUGCAAAAUCUCGCUGUUCCUCCGCCCUCCCAGCGGAGACGCGGUGUCCCGAAGGAGUCGACUGCUUUUCAGUGUGUCCUGAAGCACAUCGAAGGGGCUUUCGUUAAACAGAGAGCGUCCGAAGGCUGGUCUGACAUUGAGUACCAGCUCCGCCUGUCCCUUUUUGAUGUCACAUAUCACCACUUCUUUGGGAAAACAUGGAAGAGCAGUAGGAGGCCUCUCCACUCUGUCCCACGACAGCCCACCAGAGUUGUUUUCAAUGAGACCAUUUACUUCCAUACCUCGAUAAACCACCCUAGCAUCAUUGCUGUCGUGGAAGUUGUGGCAACAGCCAAGAAACAAGAUGGGAUCUCUCAGGAUCUGUCGUGCGGGUUUGGAAUCAUUCAUCUGUUCAGCAGCAAGUCAGAGCCGACAAAUUUGGCUACCAAGGACAGAGGACUCAAGCUAUACCAUGGGACACCUCGUGCCUUACUGCAAAAGAACAAGCACAUGACAGUGAUGGAGAACAGUCACUUGCAAUACACCUUAAGGACCCACCUGCCCCUGGAGACAAUAUUUCACCUCUUUCCUGAAAACCUUCUGAUGUCUGGGCUACAGAAAAUUCCUGGCUUGCUGCCGGCACAUGGAGACACAAAUGAUUGCUUUCUGAAACCACGGCUCAUGAAAUCAGUCACAUGCUAUCUGGAUAAACUCUCCAUCCAUCUGUAUCCUUCUCUGGAGAAAUUUGAGGAAGAACUGUUGGAUUUACUAAACAAUGAUCGUUUACUGAAGGCCAACUCCACACCAGAUGGCAACACGGUCACCAUUCAGGAACGACGGCUGCAUGUUGGCGUCCACAACGGCUUGUGCUUUGUCCAGGCGCCGCAGGUGGCUGUGUUGGUGCCGGAGGCUGAGAUGGUUCGGGGGCGCUCUGCAAGCUUCCUUGGGAAGCAGGGCUCCAGCUCCAGAGCAAGCAGUGUAGGUCAAGCUCUGGUUCUGAGGAGUCGCAUUCAUUUGACCGAAAUGGUUCGUCACCCAGCGUUUGCAAUCUUCUUCCAGCUUGAGUAUGUCUUCUGUGCGUCGGGGGGAGCCAACGGGAAGGCCUUGUCCGCCACAUCUCUGAGCAAGGCAGCCUACAUGCACUCAGUUCGAUGGGCUGCUUGGAACCCUUUCCUGGGCUCUGGUUCCUCAGAGGUGGUUGUGCCCCUGCGUGGAGGCACUCAGCACAAUCCAAGCCAAGUCUUGGUAUAUAAGACCCCUCCAAACAGCGUGACCUCUGAAAAGGUGAAGCAAUUUGAAUCUGGUACUAUCCAAUUUCACGUUUCUACUGAUUCAGGCGAACAUCUUGUGACUUCUACAGACAUCUUAAGUAAAGACAGAGAAGAUUCAGAGAAGCCUCCUACGCCAUCUCUGAGUUCAGCAUCUUCACUUCGGAUGAUGGCCUCCAGCCAGGGACCAGGGUUGUCACUGUCGCAGCUGUCAGCCUCCCCGCAGCGUCGAGGCGAGCCCGCUCUGCCGCGCAGCGCCAGCUCCCCCCAUCCUGCGCCCUGCGGGACACUGCGAAGUGGGCACACAGAGCCGCCUCGUGGCAGCGGCAUGGGCAGAAUAACUCACCUGGAAGCUGAUCUGAGCAGUGGCUUUGCAGGCCCAGACCCUGGCACCAGCGACCAGCUGCGGGAGCUGCCCUUCAUGCCCUUGCAGGUGCCGAUCGCUGCUGUGGGGGUGCAGGCAGGCAGUUCUAGCACUAUAGUCACUCGUGCCUCCCUAGCUCGCUUGCACGCCUCUGGCUUUCCAGAAAUCCUCGACUGUAACAAGGAACCAGUGGAAAUCAUGGACCCCACAGACCCUGUGAAUUUCAGUCCCCAACUGGAAGAAGCUGAUGUUCUGCAAAGCAAUGAAAUAAUCCUGCAAUUUCUUGCUUUUAGUAGGGUUCCGCAGGAUGGUGUAGAAGUAACAUGGCCGAAGACAGUGUUCUUCACCUUCCAGUUCUAUCGUUUUCCACCAGUGACCACACCGCGGCUGCAGUUGGUCGACAUGGACAAUGAGAAGGCAGCCCGGUCAGCUGUAUCUCCGCGUGUCCUUGUCCAGAUUAACAAAGAUGGAAACCUCAGCAGUGGAUCUCCAGGGUUGCAGCUGAAGUAUAUGGUGGACCCUGCUUUCCUGAAACCUGGAGAACAGCGCUGGUUUAUAUGUUACCUGGCUGACCAUAGUCUUCAGAUUGACGUCUGGGAUGGAGACUCUUUGCUUCUUGUUGGGUCGACUGCAGUUAAAUUGAAGCACCUGCUCCGCCAGGGUCGGACAGCCAUCAGGAGCCACCAUGAGCUGGAGGUUGCAGCGACUGAAUAUGAGCAGGACGUGGCAGUGGUGGGUGGGGACGUUCUCAGACACGGCGCGGUGCGGCCUGUUGGUGUCUACGUUGUCGUGAAAGGGCGACUUCACCUCUGCCUGGCCAAUGUUGGCCACCUGUGCGAGGAGACGCUGCAGAAAUCGAGAUCCUUGCCCCCGUCCCGCUCCCGCAUUGUGCCCUCGCAGGACAGUGCCAGCGGCUUUCGAGGUGGCAGCUUGUUCUCCCUGGGCACGGAAGUGGGUAAGUCCUACUGGUCCACGGCUGAGCUCAGCCCUUCGCUUGUCUCUCCUGGGUGCUGUAAAAAAUCAAUCACAAUGACGGAUAGAACAUAUGUGCGGCAGCGGGAAGCCCAGGAGGAGGAUGGCAGUGGGAGGAAACUCUACAUCAUGGGCUGUCAUGAGCAGCGCCUCCAGCACUCCCGGGACCUGCAGAUUAUCGACACCUACCGGGAGCGCAUCAAAGCCGAGAGCAUCUCCAACAUGCUCCGCCAGGCCAUCACCACGACCCACACUGUGUACGCCAUGCUGGGCACAGCAGAGUUCUUUGAGUUUGCACUGAAAAACCCCUACAAUGUCCAGCAUACGGUGACGAUUGAGAUUGACCACCCAGAGCUCAGCAUUAUAUUAGACACAAGGGAAUGGAGGCACUUCAAAGAGCUGACCAAGACUGUUACUCCAUUAGAAGAGGAUAUGUUCCACCUUCAUGAUGACCUUAGACCUCAGGUCUAUCUGCGCCCCAAAGAGACCGUUCACAUCCCCUUUAAAUACCAGACCUUCUCAGUGGACCCCACAGUCAUAAUGCAGCAGGGGCCCGUGGGGCUGAGUGUUGGUGAAGAUGCUGCCACCUCCUCCCUUUGGAAAUCUGGUGCCACACUGACAAAGCACAUCAAAGUCUCUUUUCAAGUGAGUGCCGGGAAGCCCAUUGCAAUUCUCCAGGUGAAGGUGGAAAUGCAGCCCCACGUUGUGGACCAGACCUUCCGAUUCUACCACCCAGAGCUGACCUUUCUGAAGAAGGCCAUACGGCUGCCCCCAUGGCACACUCUUCCAGGUGCGCCGGCAGGGAUGCCAGCUGGGGAACCCGAGAUGUAUGUUCGCUGCAGUGACCCUAACAUCAUUUGUGAAACCAAACAUAUGGGUCCUGGGGAACCACAGGACGUGUUCUUAAAAGUAGCUGGAGGACCAAGCCCACAGAUCAAAAAAUUCUUUGUUGCUAUUUAUACGGAUGCCUGGCUUGCUGCUCCCAUCCAGAUCUGGCAAUUUUACCUUCACUCCCUGCAGCGUGUGGAUGUUAGCUGCAUAACAGGGCAGCUGACCCGCCUCUCCUUGGUGCUCAGGGGCACCCAAGCGAUCAGGAAGGUGAAGGCAUAUACCUCACAUCCCCACGAGCUGAAGGUGGACCCAGAAGGCGUAUUUAUUCUCCCUCCAAACGGAGUACAGGACCUGUACAUUGGUGUGAGGCCUCAGAAAGCUGGCAGCAGAUUUAUCUACCUCAAUCUGGUGGAUGUGGAAUACCACCAGCUGGUCUCCUCCUGGCUCCUCUGUGUGUGUUGCAGGCAGCCUCUGCUUUCUAAGGCGUUCGAGAUAACGCUCCCUGCAGGAGGAGGAAAAGGUUCCAACAAACGGAUCACGUACACCAACCCGUAUCCCUCCCGGAGGCUGUACUUCCUAUGCACCAACCGGCCUGACCUACUGCAAUUCAGGGAGGAUUCCUUUGAGAUUGGUGGUGGGGAGGUGUACACCAUUGGCUUGCGGUUUGCUCCAAGCCAGAAAGCAGGUGAAGAGGAGAUUUUGAUUCAUAUUAAUGAUCAUGAAGACAAGAAUGAGGAAACCUUUUGUGUGAAGGUUAUCUACCAGUGAAUCCCAGGCCAGAUGCCUGCUUCAGUAGAAAUGGCAAGUUGAAUUCCUUGCCACGUUGCCAUGAACUCAAUUGAUGUAACAUAAUUCUGUGACUCUUCCUUCUACUCAAAAUGGGAAGUAUGCCUGUAUUUGUUACUAUGCAUCACAAUCCCAGAAGAACGUCUGUUUUUGUUUUGUAUUAUUAUGUGUUGGUGUGCUUGAAUCUUCUUGAUUUAAAGAGUUUGCAAAUGUGAGUCCACAGGAUAUUUUUAAGUAUUUCAUCUUCUACAUUGAAUUUUGUACAAACAGAAGCAACUUUCUAGAUGCUUCAGUACUUUUUAUUCAUUCUAGAUCAAUUAAAAUUGUUGCACAGAACUGACAGAGUAUUGCAGCAUUUUCUGCUUCCGGAAGUCCAAACGCUUAUGAAUCCUCUCCUGUGAAAGCUCAUGUGGGUGUUGAGCUAGCCCUGCCCUCAGUAAUGCGCACCGUUGUGCUGUCAGACCUCUCACGGCUUGGAAGCACUCAGUGACUCCUGGAGCGCUUGUCCUGAGUGCUGUUAACCUUAGAUCAAAGUGACAGCUUUGGUAGCCUUAGACUUGGGGAACGUGUAACGCAAGCACCCCAGGGCAGGGCAUGUGCGUACCCAUGUGUCACAGCACUGUGCUCUGUAGUGGGAGCACUUCCGUCCCCUUGCUGCCCUGACCUCCGUUAUCUGGCCAAGCCCUGGCGGCGGGUGAGAAGGGGGUCAAGGUAGGAGGUGGCUGUAAUGGUGCAGAGUGAGGCCCUUGGUCUCUCUGUGGUGUGAGAGCAGAUUCCCCCAGCUCUCUUUGUUUGAAGUGAUUUUUCAGGGUCCAGAGUGAAAGGGGCCUCAGAUGUGCUGCAGAUGGUGGAGUGGCAGAAGCCAGACCUGCAAGAUGAACUUUCCUGCCACAGCCCAUAAUUACCGCUCUCCCAAGCUUACAGGGAAACAGCAAGUGGAACCAGCUGCAUCUCUGUUCCCCACCUCCACAUUUUGGCUGGCCCCGAGUGCGCAUCACAGCAGCGUGCGGCAGGCGUCAUGUCACACCGAACCCUCGGCGCUUGCCUCUCCGAACGCCACUGCUCUGCGCCCAGCUCGCCUUCCCUGUGCGGAGCACCCAGCGGCGCCUGUCGCAGGUCCCAAGACUGGUUACAUGUGAUUGUUCUGGAGAAAGAGGACUUCACCCAGGGAAUGAGCUAGGCCGAGAGCCGCUGCGCGCGCUCGCUCCUGGGCCGUUCUGCCUGCGCGGGGACCAUCUCUAACAGGCAGGUCUUCGGAAAAUGCUGAGCUGCUCAGAAGAGGUCACUGAAAGCCAGUGUUGUGUUUUCUGCUGACUGUUUAAAGCAGCGAUCCUGCAAUGCUCUGGCAUUUGCCGUUCUCUCAAGUACUCACUUAGCAGAGGCGAAGCAAAGAGCAACCUGCUGGAGCGGUGUAUGGGCACGGGGGCAGUGCUGCAGCUCCCUUUUUGAUGGAGUCUAUCGAUAGCCUCUCCUAUGCCGCAUUCGCCACUGGAGCCUCAAAAACUGGUGUUAGC